UUUGGCGGGAUCAGUGCAGGUGAUUCGACGGCACCCCCGCUUCAUAGGAUACGUCCUUUGUUUUAAGCUUAUAUUUCAUUUAAAAACCAUUGCAUCCAUGAUAUUUACAUUGUUGCAUUUAUGAAUAAGUAACCAAGUGACCGUUAGGCACAAAUUCGUUCUUCAUCGUCUGCAUUUUGUUGUAAAUCAUCAUGAAAAGCACUACAGGCUCCAAUGUGACGUCGUCUGGCCCAGCGCAGAAAAAGAUGAAGCAAGAAACUGUGCUGUCUUUCUUCACGGCCGCGAAAAAUCGAAAUGAAAAUGGAAGAAAAAGAAAACUUAGUGAAACCAAUGAUGAUGAAGUUCAGACUCUGAAGGUUGUUCGUUGUGGUGUCGAAAUUGUUGAUCCUCCCAAAAUUGACGCCACAGAAGCAUCGAAAGAGAAUAACCCAGAUUUGAAAGUUAUUGCUCCAGAAAGUGGAAAGGCAGAAGACGAAGAAAUUCCUGCUAAGGUAGACGGUCCAGUUAAUUCUGGUGAUAGCUCCAAGGACGAACUUAAAACAAUGGAUAUUUGCGAAGAUUCAUCUGAAGACAAAAAAUCUGAGGCGGAGGAAAGCAAAUCAGAAGGUGAUUCUUCCUCAGAAGCAGAUAGCAGAGAUGAAGAGGAACAAAGUGACGUAACCUCUGCAAAUACAAGCUUGAACCAGUCAGGCUUCAAUAACAGUCUUUUGAUGGACAUGUGUGACAAAGACUCUAUUACGUCCAUCAGUGAUAUUCCAAUAACUCCAAUGAAAACCACGCCUAAAGUACGAAAGCUCACCCCCAAGCAAAUUCAAAGGCAAAUGGAGAGUCUGAAGAGGAAAGAGGCCAAAGAAAAGGAAAAAGAGGAAAGGGAGUUGAAAAAGAAACAGGAGAAGGAGUUGAGACAAAAAGAAAGGGAAGAGAAAGAGCAGCAGAAAAAUAUGGAAAAAUUAGAGAGACAGAAAAAGAAACAGGCUGAAAUUGAUCAGAAAAAUGAAGAGAAAAAAGUAAAGGAAGAGGAGAAGCGCAAACUAGAGGAGAAAAAACUUGAAGAAAAGAAGAAAAAGGAGGAGGAAAAGCUGAAAGAAAAGCAGAAGAAGGAGGAAGAGAGGAUGAUGAAAAAAGAAAAGAAGGAAGAGGAGAGAAAGAAAGCCGAGGAGGAAGAGAAGAAGAAAAUGGAAAAGUCUGCUGCUGCAUUUGCUAACUUUUUUAAAAAGGCUGCUAACCCAGAUGCUACAAAAGUUCAAGAAGAAAAUGAAAAUCUUCUAAAUAACUUCAUGCCUUUCACUCUGAAGAAAGGUAUGCGACUGGCCCCUAUCCUCCGCAGCUCGUUAGAAGAGAGCAACCGAGUUGAAUUUGAAACUAAGGUUGAGUGUCAGAGUGCAGAAAAACUGUAUCUGCAGAUGCUUCAAAACAAAGAAGUGAUCCCCAAAAAGAGUGCCAAGACCUUCCCUGCCAGUGAAAAUGUCCCUGACGAUGAUAUCCGAAUCAUUGAAAAGGAAGAAGUUGAAGACGAGGUAGAAAAAUUUGGUGAGAUUGUGGUGACAAGCAACGUUCUCGAGAAAAAUUUAAAGCCACCUCGAGCCAAAUUGCUCCAAUUCUCUGAGAACCGUCGACCAGCAUACUGGGGAACUUGGUCAAAGAAAAGCACAAGCAUCACUCCUAAGAAACCCUUUGGCCAAGACAAAAUGUUUGAUUAUGAGGUGGACUCUGAUGAAGAGUGGGAAGAAGAGGAGCCGGGUGAGUCUCUGCAUGGCUCUGACGAUGACAAAGAGUCUGAGGACGAAGAGUAUGAGGUUGACAAUGAUGUCUUUGUUCCCCACGGAUACUUGAGCGAUGAGGAAGCUGGUAACAGUGCCGAUGAAUAUUUGCCUGUUGAAGAACAAAAGGAGAGACUCAAACAACUUGAUCUUGAGUUCCGAGAAGAAAUGAAAAAGAAAGUGAAGCAGCUGCUGCCUAGAAUGGUUACCUGCUUCCAUCCAGACGACCCUACUAAAAAAGACGACCCUGUGCACGGUCAAGUCAUGCAUCUCCUGAAACAGUUUGCUGCCGUGGUUGUGAUUGACAAGAUUCCAACUUCCUUUAAUACAGAAAAGGUAGAAUGUGAUAACUUGGAAGAAGAGCCUUCAGACGAUACUGACGGCGCAACAAAGGCUGAUGGCUCUGCCAAAAAGAAAAAAAGAAACAAGUUGCGAGUUCCUGAUGAAGCAGUUUCCGAUUUCAUUCGUUUGCUGCACGGCAACACUAAGAACCGGCACUACCUCGUGAAAGAGUUCAUCAGCUACUGGGAUCGAAAAAUGCAUCCGGAUAUUGACCCUGACGCUGAAAAUGUAGAAGAGCGAGUUCUCAUCUCAAUGGGGAACGCAAACAAAAAACUGCGAGAGCUGGCAGUUUGGCAGGCCUGUCCAGAUGAAGGUCCAAUCCAAGGUCGAAUGUGUUGGUGGGUGUCCAAAGAGGAGCGAGAGAAGAACAAUCUGACGGACCUGCCUCUUCCGAAUGCUUGGUCCUAUAUUCUGAAGCCAGCUGCCAAAAGAUCAAAAAUUCCUAAAGCUGUGGAAAAGAAAACUGAAGACGCUAAGAAAGAGCAGUUUCCUAUGGAAGGUGCUGCAACUACUCCAGAACCAGAAGCACCAGAAACUCCUCCCAAGAUUCAGGGAACCCUGAUCACAAAAUUCACCAAAGUUCUCACACCCGAAGAAAGACAGCGACAAGUUGAGGUUGAAAAGCAGAAGGCCAAAGAGGUGAAAGAGAGAAGGGAAGCUGCUGAGAAGAAAGAGGCGUUGGAGAAAAAGACCCUCCCAUUCAGCCCUGCCUCUGCAUUUUUUGCCAAAGCAUCGCCUCCCGCGUCAUCCUCCUCGGACGCAAAUAAACCAUCUACUCCCAGCAGUUCUGCAAACCAGAGCGUCAACAAACCAAGUCCAGCCGGUGAGCAGAAAAAAGGACGUCGAGUGUCACUGCUAUUUUCUGUGCCAAGAGGCCAAGCCAUUCCCUCUUCUAGACCAACUCCGGCCUUCAACCCUGUUCCAAUCGCAACACAUAGCAAGGCUGAUGACGAUGAUGUGGUCCCUCUUAACUAAUUUUUCUAGAAGUGAUGAUAGCAACUUGCUCAUAUCUAUUGCCUACAAGUGAAAUAUAAUUUUCUUCCUAAUGUAAACCAACGUUAUAACUUUCACAUCAAAUGUAAAUAUCUUCGACCAUACUUCCUGAGUGAAAACGUUUUGCAAAAUAAAAAAUCAACAAAAUUAUAUAAAUGUUGGGGGUCAUUAAUAAUCAGGCAAAAGUAACUUCACAAUUGAGGCCCCCAUUUACAAUUUCUCCAAACAGACUGGAAUUUAAUGAUAUGUACUAAAUCAUCCUCUUAACAACGUUUUUUUUAGUGAGUAUAUCUUAAAUAAAAUACAAAUUAAAUACAAAGAGGAUUGACAAUUUCAUCAAACUCCUGUUUUAAUACUUUCUAGUGCAAUUAAGACAUAUCUGGUUGAGCUGAUUUAUUUUUAGCGGCCUGCGUUGGGAGCUUACGUUGUUUGAAUGCUUUUUGUAAGUUGUUAUUCUUUGACAACUGCAUUAAGGCAAGCUGUAUUUUUUGACAACUGAUAAAAGUCAUGUGCACCAUUUUCUAGGCGCAUUUUUAAACAACUACCUUAGGGGUUUCAAAUAAAACAUGGGCUCCCGUUUAGUUGUGUUGACGCAAUGUAUGUUUUGGUCGCAAUUCAUCAAAUUUUGUAACUAACACGUCUGUUGUUCCUCGGCGCGUUGCCUCGUGAUAAAAAGCGAACCUGUUUAUGGACAAGGGACUAUACCACCGUACUUUGAAAAAGUCGUAAAAACGGUCUCGUCAUUUAAUUCCUGGGCAAACACAUAGUGCGCGAUUUACGACACUUGUGGUAAAACGCCUAAUGACACUCUUUAAUUCUUUUACAGUACGUAGUCGCGCAGCAGGCCUAUUUACAACUUUGCAAGGCAUAAAUUUUAAUAAGGACAAAACGAAAGCAAUGUGUUUUGAAUUACUUGCUGAGAGCAUAAUAACCGAUCACCGAUGAAAUUAAACUUUAAAAUAAAUUAGAUGAACGGCUGAACAAUAAAAUCAAAGGCAACAUUGAGCUUGUGCCAAUUAAAGGUGCUGUGAAAUUGGCAGGGCAGUGUUGAAUUAAAGCUUGCAAUUGUAGAAAAAAAAAUUAAAAUAUUAAUAAUUUUUAAAAAAAAAAAUCUUAUAAUAAUUACACCAAAUUACACUUAAAAUAUAAAAGAUCUGAAGUACUUUAAUUAACAUAAAAUUUGAGUUCAGCUUUUUGUAACCUCGAAUACAAAAUAAAAUUAUUUUACGCAGCCCUAGCUUAAAUUGCCAUUCAUAACCGCUGAAGUAAACGUAUUUCAUAAAGCGUAAUUGAAGUUUCAUGUUUAUGUUUGAAUUUGUAGCAAGGGUCAUUUCGAUUACAAUCUACUGGUUACUAGCGUUUAUAUCACAGGCACUGAUAAUUAUAAUUCAGAGACCAGCAUUGCAAUUUUUCAUGUCUGUAUACACACACAA